UGCGCAUCCGUUGUGCGCACGGGUUGAAAUUGUCACAGCCCGGGUUCAGUUGGGUGUAGCUCUCACAUCUCCGAGGUGAACCGCGUUUGUCUGCUACUUCAACCCCAAGAAAACCUUCUCCCGACAAGUCGUACGCCUCCCGAUCGCGGGUUUCCCGACGCCCAGGAUUACUUCCGACUGCAUGGCAGUAUUGUAGCCCACUUACCGGACGAGGGGAAGCGAUCGCGCGCAUAAUUCCGCGGGAGGACGGGGUAAAAAUGCUGCGGUUCCUGCGACAGACCUUUCGGAGGCGAAAGGACCGGCCAGCGCAUGGGGAGGCUCAGGUCGCCGGCAAGAAGGAGAAGACAAUAACAUGCAAGGUGAUUCUGCUGGACGAUACGGACAUCACGAUCGAGCUACCGAAGAAGGCCAAGGCCCAGGAGCUGUAUGAAGAAGUCCUGUACCGGAUGGACUUGAUAGAGAAGGACUAUUUUGGGCUCCAGUUUAUGGACGCUGCACAAAUUUCUCAUUGGCUGGAUCCAACAAAAAGUGUAAAGAAGCAAAUAAAAAUCGGACCUCCGUACACGAUAAGAUUUAGUGUGAAGUUCUACUCUUCAGAACCCAACAAUCUACACGAGGAAUACACAAGAUAUCUCUUCUUUCUGCAAUUAAAAAAGGACCUUCUGUCUGGGAAUGGCAAAGGGGAUAUGGUUUUUUCCAGGCUUGAAUGUGACCACACCACGGCAGUGGAGUUAGCUGGAUAUGCACUACAAUCUGAGCUUGGUGACUGGGAUCCCAACGAGUAUGAACCAGACAUCGUGUCAGAGUUCAGAUUUGCACCUGAGCAAUCAGAGGAGAUGGAGGCAGAGAUUCUGGAACAGUGGAAGAAGAACAAUGGCCAGAGUCCAGCCACAGCUGAGAUGAACUACCUGAACAAGGCCAAGUGGCUGGAGAUGUACGGAGUGGACAUGCACUGCGUCAAGGGAAGAGACGGGAAUGAGUACUCACUAGGUCUGACACCGACAGGAGUUCUGGUGUUUGAAGGGAAGACAAAGAUCGGGCUCUUCUUCUGGCCCAAGAUCACCAGACUGGACUUCCAGGGCAAGAAACUCAUCCUGGCAGUGGUGGAGGAUGACGAUGAGGGACGAGAACAGACCCACACAUUUGUAUUCAGACUGGACCACCCCAAGGCCUGUAAGCACCUGUGGAAGUGUGCCGUGGAGCAUCACGCCUUCUUCCGCCUCAAGGGACCGGUGGAGAAGGCCGGCAGGAGGCAACAGCUCCUCCGCAUGGGGUCAAGGUUCAGGUUCAGCGGCAGAACUGAGUACCAAACAGCGCGAAAUCGCCAGUCCAGGAGGACGGUGCAGUUCGAGAGACGCCCAAGUCAGAGGUACUCCCGGAGACAGAGCUCUAGAAGACUUGUGAGGCCGCAGAUUCUUGGAAGCCCACUGGCAAAUGCAACAACCCCGCCUCUGAGAACAUCAUCCCCAGUCACUACAAGACCACAAACCAAUGGUCCUACUCCCACAAUUGAAGAGGAGCCAUCAGAGGAGACCCCAGCUACCACUCCAACCACAACGGUAGCGACAGCCGUGGUCACCACGCCCACCCCCGCCGUAGCAGCGGCGACCAGUCCCACCGUCGUAGAGGUGGACGCGAUCGUAACCACGCCGACGUCGCCCACGCCAACCUCACCCACCACGGAUGGGCUGAGUGUUCCUGCUGCUUCGGUUGAUGAUGUGCUGAUAACCUUAGAUGACCCUGAGCCCCAGCCCGGGUCAGCUGUUACGUCCGUGUUGAGUGCCUUGCAUGGUAAUGCUACAGUCACAAGACCAGAGGAAGAGAAAGCAGCGGUCAGGUUGAAAGGCAUCUCCGAGGAAAGCGGGGCAAAAGAAGCAGCAAAGGCCAAACAGAAGAUGAAAGACGUCAACCUGAACAACGAGCAGCCAAUCGACAAACUCUCGGGAGCGCGCCCGAUCCCUCCCGACCAGAUGAAGUGUAACAUUCUCAAGGCUAAAGUCGAGGAGGAGGCUGCCAAGAAGAAGGCGUUAACUGUUGCACUUGAACCUAAGACAGAGGUAAAGAAGGUGAACGAGGUUAAGGAAGAGGUGGAGGACUCAGAAGAAGAAGAGGAAGAAGAAGAAGUGUGUACCAGCAUCUCUCCCCCGGGGUCGCCUCUGCACUUGAAUGUGGACCAUGAUGAAAGCGAGGCUUUGCUUGGCAAGUCUCACAGUGAUGAAGAAUUAGUUGUAAGGGAGAAGGAAAAACCAAAGGAGAAGACAAAGAAGCAGAAGAAGGAGAAGAAAGAAAAGGAAAAAGAGAAGGAGAAGGAAAAAGAAGUGAAGAUUGAAGAAAAUGGAACAGACCAACCAGAAGAAGAGAAAGGAGAAGAGGAGUCAGAAACAGUGAAGCCCAUCACACUGUCACCUCUGGUGUUAAAUGUGGAUGGUACCACUUGUCUUGGAGCAGAGGGGGGAGUAGCAGCAGAGAAACCGAAGAAGUCAUCAACAUCCUCAGUGUCUAGUACGGAGAAGUCACCAACUCGGACACGACAAAUCUCUGAGACAUCUGACCUCAUCCAGUUUGAUGACACUGUCCCCCUGCUCCUGCCAGGGAGCCCUGUCUCUGAACAGCCUGACAGCACAGAGACACAUGUGUACACUGAGACAUCCUUCGGGCCCAACAUCGUGACCCGCUCUGCCUCCAGCCUGACCAAUAAGAGCAAGCCUGAGCAAAUUGUCAUCAAGAGGACGAAAUCAUCAGCUGCGGUCAAAACCACCAAAACCGUACCAAGAACAUCCACCUCUUCUCUGGAGGAUAAGAAGAUACUUACCACUGAACUUUGACAUGUUUUAUACCUCCGAGUAUAAGAUAAUGAUGAUAACAGCACAUUGGUAAUAAAUAUAACACAGGAAGGAAGAGGUUUUAUAACAAGAUGCAAAGCAAAACAUCAACUUUGCAUACGAAUAAUGGAUAGUUAUAUUUUCGUACUCAUACAAGGUUUACACAUACUAGCCAGUCAACGUUUUAAUACUGCAAGAGCAUCUGUCUUGAAAGUGUAGUUUGUAUGUAGGAGAAUGCAACUUUUUCAUAAAGAUGAUGUGAAAGCUAAAGCAAAUUUUCCUCAUUAGGUAGAAAGACAAUGUCAUUCAUGAGAAACUGAUGGUUAUUCAAAGAGUUUUAAGGCCUUCCCUCUGUACUUCUUUUAGACUAAAGACAGCAGAACAAUUUUAGACUUUUAUCCUGAACUUCUUAACACAGUAGUGUUGCAUAUUAGAUUUUAACCACUGCCUCUCAUAGCAGGACAUUUUAUGAUAUUUAUGUAUAUUAUAUGUACAGUAUAAAUUCUAAUUUUUACCUUGUUAGCAGACCGCAAGUUGCGUUCAGUUUAAACUUUAAUCCUUGAAACCUUUAUGGACAGAAAACUGCACUUUGGGAUUUUAAAAAGUGAUAUGAAUUAAGUAUGUGCUAACGGAUCUUGGUAAUAUUUCCUCACUAAAUGAUGAAACCUUAUCUAGGAAAUAGACUUCACUUAUAGCUAUACAAUGUCAUACCAUGCAGUUCAUAUCAGGUAGUUAGAUGACAUGAUAUGCUGUAAUUUUAGACAUGUUUAAAAGAUAACAAAGCAAUAUUGAGAGCAGUUAUUUGACUUCUGUGGUUAAUUUACCAGCAAUUAUACAGGGUUAUUUCAAAUCAAUCUCUGUGAAUGUGAUCCUUAGAUUUGAAGUGAAUGCUAGAAACCGCAGGGAAUUGUAGAGUUAGACAUCUAUGAUACACAAUGUAGGGCAAAUUCUGUUGAUACAUGGUCAAGUAAAUGGAAGGAUCCAUUCUUGGGUGGGUCAUGUUGAAGGGACAAGUGUUAAAUCUUCAGUAAGCUUGUUGCCUGUUAAAUCAAAAGCUGAAGCCACAUAUCUGACAUGUCUUGGAUAGGCAGUGCACAUUAAUUUGUUUUUAGAGACUCAAUUUUGAAACUGAUUUAUUUAGUGUAGAAUACUGCAAGGUAGUGAAAUCACAGUAUACUAUUCAGAACAAACAAAAAAACAAAGUGUUGGAAAUGAUGAUUUACAUCAUAUUAUUAAAAUCUUGUACUUCUAAUGCUAGCACCAAGAAUGUUAUGGUACAUGUACAAUGUACCACCCUAGCCCUGGUACUUACUUUUUCAGUGCACAACAUCUAAGCCUCACUGAAAUUUUCUGUUUCACUUUAGCACUGAAAUAACUUAAACUUUCUUUUCUGACUUCCUUGUCUAUGUGUAGAGAGACAACAAAAAGUACAGUACUGUUUUUGUGUCAACCUUUAUUCAUGUGCUCCGAGUGAACAAAAAUGUAUCAUGGAAAUAUGUUGCACAUUCCACCACUUCAUAGUACAUGUUACCAUGUCAUCAAUGUGAGUAUAAGGGCUCUGCCCAAGUGGUGUUGCCAAAAAGACUUGUUGUUCCAUCGUUAAGUGCAUAGUGUUACUGUAGCAGAGCAUUUCACAAACUAUUUUACAGUAUGUACUUUCUACUACUGUCAGUGAAUUCUGUGAAAAUUCCCAGCAUUUUCUAGAUUACCUGUACAAUUACAUUUGGUUAUAUUCUUUCAGUUAUGUGUAAUCCUAAGUUCUUAGUUCUCAUGUACAAUUUUCAGGUUUACAUAGGUGUAACAAUUCAACAAACUUUAGAAUUAGACCAUAAGCAUUAAAUGUACAUUACACAUUAAUGUAUUUACAAGAUACACCCUACAAACUGAUCUAGGAAUAGAAUUCAUUGUUUGUGACUUUGUAUUCAACAUGGUUCAAAUAACAGUCAUGCAUACUUCGAA